AUGGCGUUCAAGGUAAGUGUCCCGGUGCAAUGUUAAUGUUCGCUCGUACCAUAAUAGAUUCGCAAAUAUUACAAUAAUAAUUGUUUCCCGUCAGAUGUUUUCCACCGGUUUGUUGUUGGCUUUUGCCGGCAUGUGCGUGUGCAAUCCGUCCGGCAGCUCGCCGUCGCAAUACCAACCGUCCGCGGUGUCGCAAGCGUCGUUCCAGACGGGAUCGGCGGCCGUACAACCAUCGCAAACCAAACUCGAAGACGUCGAACGCGACUCUUUGGCGGCCGCUUUCGGCCAGAAGACUCAGCCGCAGUCCGGAAAACCAUCGUCCGCUAGUAGCCCCGUCACCGCACAACAACAACCACAACAACCUGCAGCCUACCAAGCCGUCCCGCCACAACAGCAAUACUUCCUACAACCAUACCAGACUCCACAACAGCAGUUCUACGUGCAACCGUUCCAAGCACAACAGUACUUGGCCCAACCGUACCAAUCGCUUUUCGACUAUUCCGCCCUACAGUACUAUGCAAACCCCAACGUUUACAACCCGGGUAACCAGGUGUACCAACAAUACUACGUGCCAGCUGCUCAACCGUCGGCUAUACCUCAAUACGUGACCAAACAGUUGUCUCCGGCCGCCCAAACAACAGUAGCUCAACAGAUUUCCGCCCCGGCGACGCAGGUUUCACAAGAAUACAAACAACAACAGUUUGCCGCCCCGACGCAGGUUCCCCAAGAAUACAAACAACAACAGUUUGCCGCCCCGGCGCAGGUUCCCCAAGAAUACAAACAACAACAGUUUGCCGCCCCGAAUCAAAUUCCACAAGAAUACAAACAACAACAGUUUGCCGUUCCAGUACAGGCUCAACAGCAAUACAAACAACAACAGUUUGCCGCCCAAGUCCAAGCCCAACAAGAAUACAAACAACAACAGUUUGCCGCCCCGGCCCAGGCCCAACAAGAAUACAAACAACAAAUCGCUGUUCCCGCUUUGGCUCAACAAGAAUACAAGCAACAACAGUUUUCCGCCGCCGUCCCCGUUCAGGCUCAACAACAAUACGUCAUCCCGGCACCCGCCUACCAAUACGUACAACAACCAGCCGCCGCCGGUCCCGUUGACUUUUCUUACGUCACUCGUCACCCGUCGGCCGGUAACGCGGUCGCCAAUUUCAAAGUGCCGGCAAUCGCUUCUGCCGCCGUCCAACCGCAAUUCCAAUACUCCGAAGUACCCCCGCAGUACUAUCAGCCUCAAAACUAUUACGCUGUGCCAUCUGCCGCCGCCGCCGCCGCCGCCGUCGAACAACCGCGCGUCCAACAGUCGGCCAAAAGCCAAUUCUCGUCCGGAGUCAAGUCCACCACGCCGUUCCCGGUGAAGGAACCGUUCGCGUACAAAUUCGAAUCGUCGUCGCCGCCGCAGCAGCAACAACAACAACAGCAGCAGCAGUCGUACAGCACGAUCAAAUACACCGCUUAGAUCGUAUCCGCGAGCCGCGCACCGCGGGUGAACGUAAGCUUGUCGCUUAUCAGUUAUUAGGGACACACAGGAACUGCACUGGUGCCGUAUAGCGCAUAUUAUUAUUAUUAUUAUUAUUAUUAUUAUUAUUAUUAUUAUUAUUAUUAUUAUUACUAUUAUUAAUAUUAUUGUUAUUAUUGUACGAUAUUUAUUUCGGGUUAUACCUGCGCGCGGCAUUCGCGUGAUAGUAAUAAUAACGAUACGUACUAUUACCGUGUCGUUCGCAUUCGUGUAACUUACAGAAAAAAAAAAAAAAAGUAUAUAUUUUUUUUUUUUUGUUAACUAAUUUUUAUAUUUUUCAGCGUAUAAAAAUAUUACAUUACAUUUUUUUUUUUUUUUUUAUCUUUUGUGCGUGUUGUACAAUUUUCGGUUAACGAAUAAACGUGAAAACGCGUCGAUUUAUUGACCAUUAAUCUGCUUGUGUUUUUAUUGCACAUAAACUUUUCCAAUUCACGUUAAUGACACUAGAAAGCGUUUAAACCCAUUAUGAACGUCUGCGAGUCACCGUAAUCGUUUAUAAUACAAUAAUAUAUAGCACCGCGUCAGUCGUCGAACGCUAAAGAUCCCAUUUUAAAUCGUUCGGACCAGCGAACGGACGUACCUAUUAUUAUCAUCACGCGGAAAAUAUAAUAUUUUAUACGAGCUCGACUAUGAAAACGAAACGGUUGCAUAAAACAAUGCAUUUCUCGCGUGAAUGUGUCGCGUGCAAUUAAAACGAAAAACGCGUUCAAUCACACAGGUUUUAAUACCGAUUGACGAUCUAAUAGUGUGUACAGCGUAAACAGACCGCUACAUGGCCGGCUCAUCACUGACGAGCCAUCGGUAUUUAAUAAUAUUACCGCCAAGUUCUAAAGGGGGGGAGGGGCAUUGAAUUGGCUCCCUCAACGUUUAUUUAAUGAAUGCAUUACAAAUCAUACAAAUUGGUCGAAAUAUGAAUUAUAAAAUCGAAUUAAUGUCUUAUUCAGUCUUAUUAUUUAGUAGGCUUAAAUCUGUUAUAUAGAAAGUAUUUGUAUUUAUUGAAAUCUGAAUUUCAUACCAUUGUCGUAUUUUUGAAUUCGUUUGACUGUAAUUCGUAUUUUGUCUUAAAUAUUUUUUCGUUGUGGUCUCUAUGUGUUUGAGCUUCUUAUAACGAUUUCAGCAUCAACUUAAACACCAUAUUAUACGAAAUAACUGUAUACAUUCGAGUGCGGUAAAUGCAAUCAUCUAAUUAAGACUUUUUUCGGAUCGUUUAGAUAUAAAAAAAAAAAUAUAUGUAAUUACUUAAUCAAGUUUUACGCGUGAAUUUAUUUUAUAUGCACCUGCUGUGUUGUAUAAUGAGCACGACGAGGAAUAUUUAUCCUUAAUAAUAAAAUAGUAGUUAGUAAAUAGUAAAUACUUUCGCAGUUGGUUUGAAAAAGCAAUAUGACAGAUUUACUUAAAAUAAUACAAAUUUCACGCAAUGCAUCGCCGUAUCGAUCGUAAUUUCUGAAAUUAUUAAAACUAUACAAUUAUUAAAAUUGAUAAGUGGGUACGCUAUAAUUCAAAAUCGACGCACGACAAACGUUUACCCAAAUAUUUUAUUAAAUUAAAAAUUAUGUUUCAUAAUUUCUAUUUUUAGAAAAAAAUAAUACCAAUUACUGUUAUUGUUUUCAUACAUAACGGUAAUAAUGUAAUAUGCGUGUACUCUACUCAUAAUAUGUUUGUGCUGUACGAACAGUGAAUAAACUAUAGGUACCUGUAUCGAAACGUAUUGUGAUUUAAUAAAUCAAUAAUAUCUUAAGAUCAAAUAAAAAUAUCUUACAUAAAUACAGUUAUGCAUAUAAUAAAUUAACGUCUGUGAUGUAUUUGUACGAAAUCUGUUACACAAAACUAUUCUGCCAAUAUACACGAAAAAGAAAAUAUACAGGUAAUAUAGAUAAUUUUCAACUACGUGAAAAAUGAUUGCAAUGGAAUAUGAUGAUGAACAAAUUUUUAAUUGCGUGGUUUUCCGUAAGGUAAUGUUAUAUUGCAGUAAAACGAAUACAAAUGCAGGGUGUCCCACGAAAAUAUACCCAUUGCAAUAUCUCCUAUUAUAAUAAAUAGAUAAUCAAAUGUUUUUUUUUUUUUUUUUACUAUAUUAAUCGUAGUGAUAAAGGCUAUAAAUAUUUAUAUUUGAAUUCAAUUUUUGUUAUGUUUUUAACUGUACAGCAGGCAAAUUCGAUAGUCGAUUAGUAUUCAUAAGGCUAAUUUACUGAACGCAUUUUUUUUUUUUUUAAACUUUAAAAAAUGAUUAAAAAUCACGAAUUUAAUGAAAACAAAAAGUCGACACGUCAAAAUUUUCAGAAGAAUUAAACACUGUAAGGUUAUGUUUGGUUAGGCUAUUAGGGCUGUCUUCAUAUUUUUCAAAAAUAAUAAAAUGAAAAGUUAAGUUUUUAAGUUUUGUAUCAAAAUAUAAAAAAUUAAUUGAAAUAUACAUAUUCAUAGUCAUCCCCGUGAGUAAUAUAAGAAAAAAAAAACAGAAUCGUACGCAGAAACACGGGUACAAUGUAUAAACUUUAAUGAGAGUAGUAUCUUUUCGAAAGGGAAUUUUAUUUGGGUGGUACUUAAAGAAGUAAUAUUUUGAUUUUCCGAGCGGUUUUUAUUAUGACUGGGCAAAACCGAGAAAAAAUUGGAAAAUGUACGUACCUACAUGUAUAAAAGAAAUUUCUCUUCGAAUCGUUUUUCUUUAGCAGUGGUUUAUCUUUACGUACAAAUAAAAAAAAAAAAUCCUCUCUACAUUAUCUUACCUUCCCAACUUCUCACCUACAACAGCAGUGGCCCGUCAAUCGUGCAAAUUACGUCCGUAUUUUUUUUAUUUUUUUAAAUAUUCGAUAUUUAGAUAUCCACUGUAAAACUCUCUUGUAAAACUAUAAAUAACCAUAACUGCACUGUUUAUCCCUUUGGGGUAUUUCAAAUUUAAAUAAUUACAUAUUAUUACACAGACGUUCAUCAAAUUAAUAUCAUUUCAAAUUCGCGAGGUUCUCAAAAAUCUAAAUAUGCAAUUUACAUGUAUUUUGUUCAAAAUAUUCAAAAAAAAAAUCGUUUUCAAUCGGGGAUAAGUGGACUUAUCCGACAAACAGUUCGGAUGGAAAAAAUAAAAUCACGCGAACGCAUUGAAAUCCUGUAGCCUUGAUUAUUAUACGCGUCGGUUAUCUCCGGUGCGAGCCAACUGUAAUAUCAUCAACGACGAUAAACGAAUGACGUCCGAUGUGAUGCAAUCAUUUUAUUAAAAUUUACGGUACCGCACCGUCUCGUUGGAAUAAUAAUAAUAAAUCGCAUGCAUAUGUGGUUUGCGCACGAGAUUAAACGAAUUAUUACGCGUCGAUAAAUAAUCGGAGUGUUUUAUUUUCCGUAGACUGCAGUACGCAAUUUAUCGUGCGACAAGUUUAAUAUAUAACAUUACGAACUAUAGAAUAAAAAAAAAAUAAUAAUAAUAAGAAAAAGAGAUAACGGACGACGGUUAUACAUUCUGAUAAUAUGACAAUAAUGUAUAUAUACAUCGGAAUCAAACACACAUCCGAAAUACUUUCCCCGGCGAAUUGUUCCGAUAUUAUACAACAGUCCGGUAAACUCGGAUAUUUUUAAUGAUUCCCCGUCUUCGCGGCGCGCAGAAAAAAAAAAUAGGCAGGCAGGCGAGUAAUGAAAAAAUAUUAUAGGUAGUUAAUGGUUUCUAAAAAUUCCAGCGAAAGUUGGAUAAUGCACGCGCGCGAUCGUACGGUUAUACCGUCGAAUUCGUUUCAAUAAAAUAACAACGUUUGUAUUUGUUUUAUAAAAUAUAAUACGCUCGGCGUUUGUUCGCCAUUCGCGCCGUCCAUUCAGCGCACCGGUGUAAUGUCAAUACGCACGGUAAUAAUUGGCCGUCGUAUUGAAAUCGCGUAAAAACGCGGUAGCAAAUACGCGCACCGGGUGUACCCGGCGGUCGCCCGCACUAACAGUAGAGCGCGAACAAAGCGACGGCCACAGUAAUUAACGCGCGCGUGUUAGGCUCGACGGUUUUGGGCUGUUUAACGCGCGAGAAAUCUCCUGACUUACCGUUAUUACAUUAAUAUUAAUUAACAUUAAUACGCCGGCGUUGUUAAAUACGGGUAGGCGUGCUUAUGGCACGUCUGCACAUACCCGUUACAUUAUUUUACAUAAUAACCAUUCGUAGACGCGUAGACAGUUUUCUAAACGCCGAAAGUGCACAUCUAACGUUUUUUUUUUUUUUUGCACCAAAUGCGUCGGUGCCGGAAAAAGAACUUUACGUGCCAGUAGUAGGCGCGACACGGGUUUUUUUGUAAUACAACUCAAGAUCGGCGAACGGUGGAUUGAACUAACGCUGGGGACUAGCGCAGACAUUAAAUCCGACCGCCUCUAGCUGUACAUUUUAACACCGCUAUCGACCGGUGGUACGGGACACGAAUGGUUCGAUACAAGGAGUAAAGGUAUUUUCCUUUCCUAACCACCGCCGGUGGCCCGCCUUGGAUUUUUAAACCCGGGGGUGUAGGUAAGGUUAGGUUAGGUUAAAACAAAAUAUAAAAAAAAAAAAAAGGUUAUGUUAGCUUUCCACCAUUAAAAUGGGUACGGUAGUACACCUAUACUUAAACACAUUUUCUCUAUGAUUCAUACUCUAAAUUCGCUUUCUCUUUCCUCGAAAAUUGCCUCAGAAAAUUCAUUUGAAUUUUAUUGUCCUUGAAAUUUGGUGGACCGGAGAAAUCGCCUAUUUCUAAGGGAUAAAGAUAAUACAAUUAUAGUUAUUAUGGUUUUACAAGCGAUUAUACAAUGGAUAUCUAAAUAUCGAAUAUUUAAACAGAGAAGAAAAAAAGACGGACAUACUUCGCACGAUCAGCGAACUGUUUUAGGUCAGAAGUAGAGAAGGUAGGAUAUAGAUAGAAAUUUAAUUUAUUUAUGUACAUAACGACAAAAAAUUGCUAAUGAAAAACAAUUCUGAGCGAAGUUCAGUUAUACAUGUUUAAAAAUGCCGUAAUUUUAACGAUUUUUGUCAAAUGUAAUUUUACAACGCUUAUAUAUAUAUAUAUAUAUAUAAAAAAAAAAAAAAUACCUAAUACAUUAUUGCUUUUUUUUUUUUGCACUUAUUUGAACUCAUAAUAAAACUCGUAUUAAAUGUUUAAAUAUUUCUGUGAAGCCGAAAAAUUGUAUCCAUAUUGAACCAAUAAAAAAAAAAAAAUACAUAUAUAUAUACCUAUAUAAAAACUCGAAAAAUUCAAACGUCUAAAAUUAGCUCAAUAACAUAACGUCCGAAUGUUUCGAAUUUUACUACACCUAGAAAAGACUACUAUUGAUAUCGAGAAAGAAAUGUUAGGUUUCUUCGAUUGUUUUUAAUUAAAUUCCGAAAAAAAAAAAAAAAAAAAAAAAAUGAAAAAACGAAUCAUUAAUAAUAUAAACCCGUUGACGCCUUAAAUGUUUCCGUUCUGGUUUUUCCGAAUUGUUAAUAAAACUACGAUACCUUUUGCGUGCGCCAACCAGGUACGAAAUAAAACAAAAAAAAAAGGCCGCGCGUCUUUUUUCGGCCAGAACGAUGUUUCAAUUGUUCACAAACAGAAAAAAAUAAUAAACGUAUAAAAUAAACGGCACACGCCGCAGCAAAACCAUUUCAUACCACGCUCCGCUCGCUCGCGGUCUGAAACGUUAUCCUGUACGUAUGUUAAAAGAGUUUUCACAUUAUUCAUAAGUAAAUUUUUCCAAUGACGAUUGCUAUUCCAAGAAAUGACGCCGUCCCCGGCCUGUUUCACAGUCGAUUACCUAUUUGUGGAACGUGCGUAUUUAUUUUCGUAUACAUUCGAAAUGUGCGCGAAUACGUGCGUACCGUCAGCACUACGGUUCACAUGUAAUGGAUUUUAGAAUCGUGUAGGGUUUUAAAUUUUUUUUUUCACCGUAACUAUUCAGUACCAGACGCGAGUUUUUGUUAAGCGUAUAUUUUCAAUUUUAUGUAUGCACUGUAUGAUUUUUUUUUUUUUUAUCAAAACCAAUCGUUUCUCGUCAGUGAUAAUUUUCAUUCGUAGGAUUUUUUUUUAAAAUUUGAUUUUGAAGUAAUCAUAAUACUAUAAUAUGUACAUUAUGGUGAGGUACUCGAUAGCGCAGAUUAAAUGAUUUUAAACACAUAAAAUUGUUUGGUCUUACUUAGCUCGUCGGUUACAAGGAACUUAAGACAGAUUUUGUAUUACUCCGAGAAACUUUUGCCUAUGUGCUAAAUGAACAGCUAAUGUAGUAAAUAAUUGUCUUGACGUUUUAAUAUUUAAAUAUUAAAUACGAAUAUGGUAUACAGUUUUCGGGAUAAUGCGAUAGGUUCUUAUACGACUGUCAUUUACAUAAAAUGAAAUGUCAAUACAUAUUUCCGGUUUACCAGCACAUUUGUUUGGGUUUUCGAAAUUAUUAAGAGAACUAUAAGGAAAACCAAACAAAAAAUGAUUUUCUCUAUGUAUUAAUUAGAUAAAAAAUAAAACACUAAACAAAAGUUCUUAAAAAGAAUUUGAUAGCACCUACCAAAAUUUCUGGUAGGAAAGUCGUUUACAGACAUGUGCUCAGGGACUCGCAUAUUUUUUCAGUUGAUGUAAAUAAAGGUCGGGUAGAAGUAGACAUGUAUGACUAUACUCCAAUUAUUAGUAACUCAACGCCGUUUUCUGUUUUGCAUUUCAAAACUGUGAAUCUUAAUAAAUAAACAAUAAACUAAUGGUUCAACAUUCGAUUCGUAGGUAUAUAAUAUGUAAAUCACAAUGUUCAGAUAAUACCGUUCUAUACCGUAAGUAGUCGUGCAUGUAAAAAAAAAAGAAGACUUAAUUAAUUGACUGAGACGCUAUGGCUGGUUCGUGAUAUAAUAAAUACAAAAUCAACUUUUGUAAUAAUAUUAAAACAUAAUUUGAACCGUAGGAAAAGUUAAUUGUUACAGUUUUUUUUUUUUUACUCGUUUACUUGUACUAUAAUACACGUGAAUUAUUCAUCCUAAAUAAUUAAUAUGGUUUUUAAUUGUCCGUUUUUGUAGACGGAAAUAAGAUUUAUACAUGAUUUUGUUUAGUAGAGCUCGACAAAUGAUAUGAAAAAUGAAAAUUAUCCACAUAUCGCAUCUUGUAAUAAUAUACCAUUUUUUUCUUAAUGGCCCGACUAAAAAUUUUUGAAUUCAUCAUUUACAAUCCACGGUAUCUGGAAUCGUAGACAAUUAUAAUUUCAACUACCUAGAUAAUUAAUUGAUUUCAAAUGUUAAAUUAGCCAUCGAAAUAUUCUGACCAAAAAUGAUUACCGAUUGAACACGUAUAGGAAUUUUUCGGCUUUAAAAAUAGGACUUUUGGCCGGCAAAACAUCGGUUUCAUACCGCUGUGUUUCUGUCCAAAGUGACGGCAACGAUGACUACUAAACAAUACGUGAAUGAACCUUGUCGUGAUAUUAUGAUUUAUAUCUGCUGGAACCUGUCCAUUUCUUGCGUCACGUUAUGAUAGCCAUCUACAAAACAACCAGAUUUGAUUCCAAACACAUCGCGAAACAUCAAAUCGCAAGGAUUAAUUACUAUAGGCCAUAUAUUUUACCAUAGGUCUCGAUAAAUCGCAAUAAUAUUGCGAUAUUUUAUGUUAGAAAGUCACAAUAACUGCCGGUUAUUGUACGCGAUUGUAUCACCGUUUUUGGCAGUGAACGUCUGUAGAGACUAAAAUAUUGGCAAAACCGGUUGAAAUUCUUAGAAAAUCGAUUUACAUAUUUUCAUAAUAAAAUACAUAUUGUACAGUUUGUUAAAAUAUUAAAUUUCAGAGAUAGAAAUUUGUUUUUUACAUUAUUUUUAAGUAAUACAGUAGUCAAUAGGAUUGAUUUUAAAUGUAAAUCGUAAUAAUAUAAUAUUAGGGUUUCGCAGUAACAUUUGCCGUCUCCGUCCAAUCUAACAGGCAAUAUGGGAAAAAUGUGUUUUCGUGCUUCUAACAGUAUUCAGGAUCUAAUAGACCUCAAACAAAAAUCAUUUCCCAAAAUUAAAGACAACAACAUUUAGUAGGCUUUCAAAUCGGGAUUUGUUGCCAUAUAUUUCCCAGAUAACGUCCACUCGUACAUCAAACUCAAAAUAAAUAUAUUUAUUAUUUUAUUUUAUUUAUAAACCUUGUAAAUGUUUCGUCUUUAAUUUGGUGAAAUCAUUUUUGUUCUAGGUCUAUUAGAUCCUGUGUCCUAUUAGAAGUACGAAAACGUAUUUUUGCUAUACUGCCCGUUAGAUAGGACAGAUACCGCAAAUGUUACUGUGCCGUCCUUUAAAUUUAAUAAAUUAUACUAUUAUUUAACUCUUACAUUUAUGAUUAUACCUCUAAUAAUCUAACGAAAUAUAGGAAAUCGUUUACGAAUUUACGAUUUGUUACUUUAUGAUGAUUUGGACUGCUGAAUGAGUUUAAUAUUUAAAUUUUAUUUUCAUUCGAGUUUGCCUAACAAUUGGGUACCAGGUAUACUUAUAUUAAAUCGAUGAACUCUAAACAAUUGAAAGUUUAGUCAGUUGGUCAGCGGAACUUUUAUACGAAAUCGAAAAUGAACUGUAAUUUUUGGUAGUAGACGUAUUAUAGGUGUACCUAUUAGGCACCAUCCGCAGACCACGAUAAUUUGUUACCAACGCAACGGCAUAAAAUUCCGAAUUAAUAUCAAUACACCAUAUUUGGCGGAUGGCAUACGGUUUUAUUGUAUUUGUGUACAAGAAGAUAAAUACGAAAGAACCAAUGCGUAUUGGUUUUUUCGAAUAGUAACAAAUUGGCGAUAAGGUUAUAUUAUAUUGUAACUAAAUUAAAGUAAUAUACACCUUCGUGGCUAUUAUUAUAUUUAAAAAAGCGCGGUAUUACAUGGCUAUAUAUGAUUAUUUUAUUAAUGUAUUUAAUUCGUUUCAAUUAUCUAUACAUUGCGUGGCGGGUACCUAUAUGCAAUACAAAUUAAUUUAAUUAAUUUAAAAAAAUUAAAAAAAAAAACCCGAACAUUCGCACCAUGGAGUUCUUUGGCAAUUUCGGUUCUACAAUAAAAGACGGUAAACAUGUGCCAAUCUAUUACAUCAAACAAUUCAAAAAUAAACCGUUGCCGCAAACACUGCGCGACGUCGUUUCAGUGCGAAAUAUUAAUUUAAUGUUCAUAAAAGACGACACGACGAUACGUCGGGAGCACAUUUUUAUACGAGUCAAUUAGGGACGGUUUGAAAAACACGAUGGGUGCAUUAAGGAGACAAAAACACAACAUCGAUGUGUUCGGAUUUUACUUUCCUUUAUCAUUUAAUUAGCUUUUACUUAAUAUUUGUUUUAAUUUAUUGAACAUGCGAGUGUGUUUUUAUUACACUGUGAUGAGUUUUCCACUUUCUGUCCGUCCACCACCAUCCUUGCAAUUAUUCCGCUUUCUUGAUGCGGAACUGUCUCGGGUACAGCUGACCAAAACGGACUAACAUUCUUCAGUCGUUCAAUCACGGUUUUCCGACGCGACUCCGUUCGUCGUCAAUCUAGUGCAGUCGCUCGUGCAAAGUAGUCGUUUUCAGUUGACUUGUAUUUGAUUUGUUAUUAUUUUUUUUUUUAAUCUUUCAUUUUAUUUCCAAUUUAUACCCGUGUUCUGAAAUAAAGAUGACAUAGUGUAACUCAAUUCGUGCGCGCGAGUGAUAUUGUGUUUUUUUUUUUUAUUUCGCCGGGGAGCAGCCAUUUUAUAGAAUAGAAAUCAUUAUGUUGUUCAACUUGAAUAGCUUGGUAAUAUUAUUAAUUUUUCAAUUGUAAUAUUUUUUCCCGCCGUAAGCUAAACGGUGUUAUUUUUUCCAUAAAAAUGAACACAGCCGUAAUACAAAUUUAUUAUUUUUCUGUUUAGGUAAUUGUGUGUUUAGUUAAAUUCACGUUGAGCGAAGACCGUAUAUCCGUGAACACGGUAGGUACAAUAACGGCAACUGCGGGUUACUCGAUAUCUGAAAAUCACUCCCCGACUGUUUCGAGUCUAACGUCGAGCAUAGAUUUUUUGAACGAUCAGGAUUCGUCCAAAGAUGUUUCGUUAUCGAGUGAAACCUAUACGCCAACGCCAGCUCCGGGUUAUCGAAACGCUCAAAAUUUGGCGUUACGGUCAAGACAAGCUAGAGGCAAACCGAAUCAGUGGCAGCAACACAGUGGAAGCAUCGAAGAAAAAGAACGCGCGUCAUUCCCGUUGACUGAUCACAGAUCAAACGAACAACUGUACAAUGUUAAACCUCAAACGUUCGAUAACCAAUCGCAGCAGUCGACGGAUUCUAAAAGCAACGAAAGUGUCGAAAAGUCGGUGCCGUCAAUCACUUACGGAAAGAAAAUGCAAAAAAACGACGGCAGUGACGACCGACCGGUUUACAACGACUGGUCCGAUGAAGUACGCAUGAAGUUUGAUAACGACAAACUUAAUAGAUCGCGCAAUAAGAAGAAUAAAAACCAAGAUAGCGGACAGGAAAAAAGGAAACCACAAGUGAACAAAUUAUUAAAUGGCAAUAGUGACAACAAAGACGGUUGGCAAGAAGUAAGUCCUAACAUGGAAAUCGCCACCGGAUUCAGCGCAACUGUUCAAGAUCAUAGUUCUUCACUAGAAUCAUCUGGAAGUUCAGGUAUGUCGUACACCAACAAUUAUUUAUUAAACAAACAAGUACGUUACGUAGGUAUCGGCUAAAGAGUUAGCAGUUAAAACCGAGCGAAGUUCGGUUUCAAAGCACGUUUUGACGAAUUUAUCUAAUACAAAUUAUAUUAAUUUGUAACAAAAAAAUAAAUUACUAUUGCCAAUGUCUAUUUGUCUACGUAAAUCGGAAAAUGGCGGAUACGCAAAAUGUCGUAUUUUUUUAAUUUUUUUUUACAUUUUUCUGUAUUUCUAAAAAUGUAACUAAUUGUGGAUAUUUUAAAAAUGCCAUAAUAAUACCUUAAAAACAUUGGGAAAAUCUUUCGAAUAUUUUUGAGAAACCAAAAAAAUAAAAAUAAAACUAUCUACAUUAAACCGAAUAAAAACUCCAAAAGACCUCUCCAACGCCGACUAGACAAAAUAUCCCCCAGAAACCGCCCUUAAAGUUAAUGAUCGGAUCAAGAUUUCUGGUAGAUAAGUCGUUCACAUCAGAGAGAUAGAGAGAAAUAGACGGUUUAUAGAUCGUAACGUCGUCGUAAUUAUCAAUGACCAAUCGUGACUUCAUGUGUCUUAGUAUAAUAGUAAAAAAACAAAAUGUAUUAUAUUACGUCCUAUUAUUUUAUAUCUCAAAUACCAAAAUGUUUUAAAUCUUUAUUGAAAUUGUCUUUUAUAGUCAAUUAUAACCGAAUAUAACUUUCACACAUUAGUCUCAUCGUUAUUUAAAUACGAAUAUGUUUUUUUUCCGAGAGAUAAUUGAUAACUAAUAUGCUCGUAUCGUAUUGUUAAUGCAUGUAUUUUACACAAAUAAUACACAAUCUGAACUUAGCAGUACAAUACGAGGAUAGUUGUUACGUUAAAAAAAAAUUUGUUAAAAACAAGACGAGAUGAAAAUACAGGAAAUGUCACUACAAUGUCACUACAUUUGGACGUCCGUUUUUCAAUUAUAUUAAUACUUUCAAUUUAAAAAAGCGAAAAAAAUAAAAUGGCCCGUUUAUUUUAAUUUUAAAUCUGUUAAUGUGCAGAUAUUCUAUUAAAUAAUUAGGAUAAGUUUUUAAACGGUUUUUUAAAUACUCUAUCUAUAGUGAAAACGUUUGAAUAUAAGUGAGUAUUAGAUUUGAGCUAACUCGUCAUUUUUUUGUCGUUAAAACCGUCAAAACAAAUAUACGGUGUUUGUGAAACGGGCUUAAAACAAAUUGUAUAACUUUUCAGAAGACCGAGAAACUGAACAAUUUUAUUACAGGUUAGUAUAAACUGUGCUUACACGCACGCGGUAAUUACAUGAUAUUAAAAGGAGAUAGACAAAUUUCAGCGCAGCCGAUCGAUUCGCCGUGAAAAUUCCCACAAAACUGUCGUAUGAUUUAAAAUUGGCGAAAUGUGACUUAUGCCCUUUUUCACAAACACCAUCCAAAAUGUUCACAUUUUGAUUUUUAGUUUAAAUCAUACGGACUAAUACGAGUUUUCCUUUUUCAUUGCUCUCUCAUUGAAUCUAGCCAACUAUAUACACAGUCUUAGCGUACGCCCGAUUAUAUGUAUACUUUUUUUUUUUUUUUUUUUACAUUUAAUUAUUAUGGUAGGUAUAAUUGGCUAAAAUAUAUAUUCUAGAACGGACGUAAAAUAAUCGAAAUUAUACGUACAUAACGGUGCUGUGUUUUUUUUUUUUUUACUUCGUCAUUGUAUUUACUAUUCGACUACGAAAAUAUUACUACCUUCCUAUCGAAAAACUACGGAGAAAGUGUUUUAAUAUAAUUUUUUUUUUUUUUUUUGUUUACAUAAUUAUAUUCGUUACAGAAUCGUUUAAGCCCCUUCCGGCCCUGUAUCACACCGAAAGCAGCAUUUCCAGCAUAGAAAGCGAGGCGCAGGUGGAGCCGCAGAAUUUCAAUCACAAACAAGUGCUGUCGAAAAUGAAUCACUUCGACUUCAGCAACGCCGUCUCGCAAGCCAACAAAAUGCCGCCGCCCAGGGAAAAGCGGUUGAACUAUCAGCCGGGUGGCAGCCCGCCGCCGAUCAGGUACAGUUACGGCGGUGUCGUCGGUGGCCAACCGCUGCAGUCAAUCGCUCCGUCCGUGCCGCCGCCCGUCGCCGUCAAGUCCGUAAAAAUCGAACAGCAGCCGCCCAAUUAUCACAGCAUCGUGGUGCCCAUACCGAUAUCGCACCAGAUGUACGCGGCUAUCGGCGGUGAUACGACGUCGCCGGCUCACGGUCACCAGCUGGCCAGCAGCUCGAUGCAACAGGCGGUGAUGUCGCUGCCGGUCGUGCACAACGUGUUCUUCAAGACGGACGACAACGGCGGCGGAAAGACCAUGCCGGCCAUAGUCAUACCGCUAAAGCCAGAAUACCUGCAGCACUUGCAACAGCAGCAGUAUAACAUGCACGUCCAGCAACAGUCGCCGGAUGUGGUGACGUCCGACUCGCAAAAUGCGGCCGGCCACCAGCGACCGAUACAUCACAGUGGUGGCGGCGGCGGCGGCGGCGGCGGCGGCGUCGGCGGAAAGGCGUUGCUCUACCAGCAACAACAGCAACAGCAGCAACAACAACAGCAGCAGCAGCAGCAGCAGCAGCAACAGCAACAACAGCCGUCGUUAACGCCUUCGCAGUUCCAACAAAAGCCUAAAUCGACCAAGAUCAAGAAACCGUUCGGCCUGAUCAAGGACGAUCACCGCGUUAAACAGCAAUUCGGCGUGCAACAUCAAUUCUACGCUAAUCCGUUCGUGGGCGCCGGCGGCGGCGGGGGCACCGGCGGCGGCGUCGUCGGCAACGGCGGCGGACACCACCUUGGGCACGGACAACACGGUACACUCCAACACCACGGCCACCACAUGCAACACGCCCAACACGACGGGCCCGACGACUCGAGGUUCGCGCAGACGGCGACUCCGACCACGCCAGGAGCUGGACACCCUUUCUCCGGCGCCGGUCAGUCGUUGAUCGUCAAACGACCACAGGCGUACGGUUACGCGUCCCCAGUAGCCGUGAGCCCUAAGUACGUGGCCGUAAACAAGACGCCGCCAACGCCACAGUUGUCAGCCGAGGAACUAUCCACGGCCAUCGUACAGCAGCAGCAGCAGCAACAGCAGCAGCAACUCCAGCCGUACAAGACGACCGGGUACCACUCGGGGCCCAGCCAUCCGGGUUUCACGUACCUGAACGGGCCCGACGACGAUUAUCCGUACAGGCCCAUAUACAAGGACAUGAAGAAGCGCAACGACGUGCUGGUGGUGCGGACCGAGAGACGCAAGUGA